GUCUCAAAUCCAGAAGUAUUAAUGAAUUAGUCAAAGACAUUGUCAAAGAACAGUUUAAAGUAUUUCAAGGUGAAAUGCAAGAGAGCAUGGCUCAAAUUUUAAAGACUGUGUCUAGUUUGUCAGAAGAUCUUGAAAAUACAAAAGAUUUAGUCAAACAUCUGAAUAAAACCCAACAAAAAUUUGCUCAGGAGAAAGACAGUGGGCCAACAAAGCUUGACAUUCUGGAGCUAAAGAGUCAUAUGGUGCAGAUGAAAGAGGAAAUGACCCUCACUUGUGACAAGCCUAUGAAAGCUUUACAAGAAAAGCAGAAAUCCUUGGAAGAUAACUUGGAGCAUCAACAGUCAAGAAGUGUCAUUUAUUAUGAAUCUUUAAAUAGGACUCUUACUGAAAUGAAAGACGCUCAUGAACAACUGUUAUCAGCUGAACAGUCUUCAAGCCAAAACAUCCCCUCAGCAGAUAAAGUCACAGAGUACAAUGUUACAGAGUACAUGUUCACACUGCAUGAGAAAGUGAAGAAACAAGGCAUGAUGGUGCUGCAAAUCUAUGAUGACUUAAGAGUCCAGGACAGCAAGAUCAGCAAUCUCAGUGUUGCACUGGAAAUUCAGAGAGACUCUGUUCUGGGAGUCUGUGAUGACAUGUUGUCAGAGAGCAGAAGGGAUUUCCAAACACAGCUGGCAGCAACCCAAGAGAAUGUGCUUGUCCUAAACAAAAGUCUCUCUGACCUGGUCCUUCCAUUGGACAAUAAGAUGGAUAAAAUGAAUGAGCAAAUUAAUGAUUUGUGCUAUGAUAUGGAGAUUCUACAACCCUUGAUUGAACAAGGGGUACCUUUUAGCCUGACGUCAGAGUAUGAUCAACAAAUCCAAGUUGAAGCAAUCAAUGAGAAGCUUGAAAACCUCACGACUGUCAUGAACAGAAUGAGUUCUGCAAUUAAGGAGCUUUCCAAAACUCAGGAAGGACUUAAAAAUGAAUCUCAGGCUUAUCAGGAACUGUUUGAGAGUCGUGUUAAUGAAUGUUCCAUGGAAAUAGAAGAUGGAUUAAACAAGACAAUGAUAGUAAUAAACAGCGCUAUUGAUUCUAUUCAAGAUAAUUAUGUACUGAAAGAUACGCUACGUGCUCUAAGAAAUGAGAAUGAAGUCUGCUGUGGCAGAGCUGAGAAACUGGACAGCCUCCUGGCUUUCAUUCCGCAGUUCCAACAGUUGAAUGAAUCCCUCCAGAUACUGCUCAUUGAGAAGAAGUAUGAAUUCACUUCACAAGGAGCUCCAUCCCUUUCUGAUCUUCCAUACGAGGAGUCUGACAAAAAUAUCCUCCACAAUUUCAGAAGAUUUUUCUAUAUUUUAAAUGAAACAUCAUCAAAAGUGGACAAUCAACAACAAGACAUCAGCCGCCUGGAGGAAAAACUAUUUGACUCUGUAGAGGAAUCAAGGGACCAUGAGGUUCGCCUUCUGAGUGUGGAGUCAAAAAUUUCCAAGUUUUUGGCACAGAACUGUGUCUCACUGAAAAAAACUAAAGCUGCCUCAACAGACAAAGAACAAGUGGUCUCACUUCAGCUCCAGACACUGAGUUCCAGGAUCAAGGCUCUGGAAGCCAAGUCGAUCCGCUUCUCAAACAGCAUUCCACUUCUGAACAAGACUGCUCAUGAGGCCUGGGGGCUGUGUCAGGAUACCACCAGCAGCAUCCAAAAAGUGAAUGCGAGUAUACCCAUGCUAAUUAAACUUGCUCAGCCAGAUAUCCCCCUGCUGCAGAGAGGCCUCAAAGAGCUUAUUGAAUCUGUGCUUGAAAUAAAAGCAGGAACUAUCUUGACAAAUUUAACCCGGCAUGUUGACAUAUCAGUGGCAAGUGCAAUGAACAACAUCACCAAACUUCAGAAACAGGUGAAACCAGUUAUAAAGAAACCAGCACCAGCAAAAAAAGGGGCAACAAAUGUCACCAUGAGCCUGGCAAGCCGAAGUCAGAGAAAUGCGGAUAAUACUAUAGAUUCAGGGCAGUAUUCAGCUUGUGUCAGUUCCCCGUGCCGGAAUGGAGGAACCUGUAUCAAUGACAGACAGAGUUUUAUUUGUGCUUGUCGCCACCCCUUUGGAGGAAUCAACUGCAGUACAAAGCUGGUGAACGACAAUUCUCUGAGUGUCGAUUUUUCAAAAGGAUCAUACAGAUAUGCACCUAUGGUGGCUUUUUUUGCCUCUCAUACAUAUGGAAUGACGACUCCAGGACCCAUCAGAUUUAACAAUCUGGAUGUCAACUACGGAGCUUCAUUUGCCCCAGCAACCGGGAAGUUCCAUGUUCCAUAUCUGGGGGUCUAUGUUUUUGAAUAUACCAUUGAAUCAUUUAGUCCACGUGCCUCUGGCUAUCUGGUCAUUGACGGUAUAGACAAACUGACUUUUCAGGCUGAAAAUAUUAAUAGUAACAAGUACACUGACAGAGUAAUUACUGGAAAUGCUUUAUUGGAGUUAAAUUAUGGUCAAGAAGUCUGGCUCAGACUGGCAACUGGCUCUAUACCAGCCAAGUAUCCACCAGUAACUACGUUUAGUGGUUACUUGUUGUAUCGUACCUAA